AUCCCCGCAACCCAAUAACCCCUCCCUCCACAUGACUAGCAGAGAUUAAGUUGAGUUUGUAUUGGUUGUCCAAUUAAUCGAUAUGGCUUUGAGGGCAACCACCAUAAGGAGUUGGAGAUGGUCACCAAAACUAUCGAUAAUCACCACUACGAUCGGAUCAUCAGGACAGAAGAAAUGCUUGGCAUCUGCUACUGCUCCUAAAUUGUCCCCGCCUAGUAACUCAUCGUCUCCUGCAAGCAAUAGUGCCCCUUACAACAAGUAUUCCUUGACGGGAGAGUACGCGCCGGUGUACAUAGUGAUGGGAUUUGUGUCGGUGGCAGUCGCAAUCGGGGUUCACACGGCGAAGCAACAACUGGUGCACUCUCCUGGGGUAAGCUUGAGGAAGACGAGGAGAGGGUCGAUGUCGGAGGCCGACCGCCCCGAUCUUGCAACAACCAAUGGCCAAAACUUCCUCAACAAAUCCUUCCUCCGCAAAGUUGGUCACAUUCAACAGCAGGACAAAAACUGACCAUCCUAGAGGCUGAUGGUCAACUUCUUAUACUUUAGUUUAUAUCAUUUUCUUAUUAAUAUAUAUUAUCAUGAAUUAUUGUGAUUGCACAAACAUGUGUGUCCAUUCUCUUUACUAGUCUAAGGCACAUUUUGUGGAUUAGUGUGUAAAAUUUUGUUAGCCUGUUGAACAUGCUAUUGUUCUAUGAGAUCUCAAUCCUUUUCAUAAAGAAAAAUAAUGGACAAUAUAUAGCAAGAGGUCAAACACUUUGCAAGGUAUUGAGAUGGCCACGUGUGGAAGGGGUACGUGUUUAGAGAGACAAAAUCAUGUGUCUUGGUUAAAACUUGGAAUUACAAAGAGGUUUUUCCAAAACUAUAUAUGCAAAAAAUUAUUUUGUUUUUACAGGGGUCGGUUCAAGUCGUCUUUAAUAACAGUGACACAAAUACAACAGAAUUGAAAUAAAGAAACAAAUGGCCAUCCUUUAUUUUUUAAUUUUAUCACAUAAAUAACUAAUCUCUCACAAAAUACACUUGACAUUACUUAACUUUUGGUCACCAUAACUAACAAUCUCUCCAUUGCACUAAAGUUUGUUGUGCCAACGUACCUAUGCUAUGUGAGUGGUUUUGAAAGCAGAUCCGUCGAAUUGCACUCGUGCAUGAUCUUACACACAUGUACCUCACACAUUCCACUAUUAUGAAAAUCAAGUGGAAAUGCCUAGGAACGUGUUUGGAUAUCUGAAAAAGAUGUACACCUGGCCUGGAGAAUUAACAUAUGAUCUACUUUAAAUAUGUUUUCCCUCAUGUUUACUCCAAAACACUGAAAACUUAUUUCAUUGUACCAAGACCAGUAGAUUUUUCGAUGUUUGUAUGUUUUUUAUAUUGAUGAUGAUGUGACACAUACUAUCAAGGAAACUGGAGACUAAGAGCAAUGCAUAGAAUGUUUUUCUUCUUGAUGAAAUUUGUGGUCUUUGCAUCCUCGUUACAAGUAAAAAUCUUAGACAAAUCACAGUUGCAACACACAUCCCAAUGGUCGAUUAAUUGUAGCUAUGUUAUCCAAACAAGCAUAGAAGCUACUAUUAUAACCGAAAUGUAAUUUGGCGUAAUAUAUAAAGCUUGAUACCCUCCAAUGAUAAUUUUCUAAAUGCUAGAGCUAGCUCAUGGCCUUCUUGGACUUGGCAAAGGGUUUUAUGGGGGAGAGAUCUAUGCAUGAAGGGUCUAAGAUGGAAAGUUAGAUAAGACUCGUCAAUCUCCAUCCUUCAUGACCCUUGGAUACCAUCAUAACCCCCUUUCUACACCUCACUACAGCUCAAUGACGUAUUAGAGUAGCCAAUGAUAUCAUAUCUUAUCUAGCAAACUAUAACCAUUCGGAUCAUUGAUAGAUUAUAGUGUUUAUCCCACCCAACAACACUCCAGUGAAUUUUAUAUAUCCUUCUACCCUCAACCAUGUGUGAGGAAAAUUUUAAAUGCAUAUGGCAAAUCCUAUCAAUACAAGGUGAAAAUAGAGUAUCACUUCUUAUCGACUAAAAUUAACUCAUUCCACAAAACUAUCUAGAUAUCAAGUUUUGGAAUUUCAAAGCAAUAUCCAUGUUCCGCUUAAACUGGUUAUUUUCUCUUUUGAGAGUCGUGCAUUGAUUCUUACCAGUACGAUGAGUCCUACACUAUCGUAAACUGGUUGCAUCUAGAGAAUGCAUGUAUGUUGUGGACCCAUGGAAUAUAGAAACAUUGUUUUU